GAGCGGCUCCUCCUCCGGGCUGCGCGGCGGGCUCCCUCGGUGCCGAGCUCCCGGUCCGCCCCGGGCUGCGCGGAGGAAGAUGAGAGAAUACUUAGGCGCCUGCACUAGUACCAUGGCUCCCUGUGCCGGUUAAAGCCUUCCCCUCGACCCCGGACAGUAAACAAGGGCUCUGGGUUUGCAGAGAGCCGAAAUGACCAUGACUGCCAACAAGAACUCCAGCAUCACCCAUGGAGCCGGAGGCACUAAGGCCCCUCGGGAGACUCUGAGCAGGUCUCAGUCAGUCUCUCCACCUCCAGUUCUGUCUCCACCAAGGAGUCCCAUCUAUCCCCUUAGUGACAGCGAAUCCUCAGCCUGCAGAUACCCCAGCCACUCCAGCUCCCGGGUGCUCCUUAAGGAACGGCAUUGCUGCCAUCGCUCACCUCCAAAUCCUCAAGAUCUUUCCCCAGAUACUUCACCACCUCUCUGUUCCCUCAAGGCCACCAGCUUCAGCCAUUUGGACAGAAGCCCCUCCGUGUCACAGAGAGAGGGCCCCAAGGAAAAUGUCCAGGGGGGUGCCCAGGACGUAGAGGAAGUGGAUGCUUGCCCCCCUCUUGCCCAGAGUACCCCAUCCUUGGGGCCAGUGGCUGGCUCGCGGAGUGUCUUGCUGACCUACACUGGUACCCGUGUCCACAGCUUGGGCAUCCGGGAGAAGAUUUCAGCAUGGGAAGGUCGCCGAGAGGCUUCACCCAGGAUGAGCCUGUGUGGAGAGAAGCAGCGGGAGGGCUCCGGGAGUGAGUGGGCAGGCAGUGAGGGCUGCCCCAGCGUGGCGCCAUCUCCCUGCGGCUCAGAGAAGACCUUUGACUUCAAGGGCCUCCGGAGGAUGAGCAGGACCUUCUCUGAGUGCUCCUACCCUGAGACCGAGGAGGAGGGAGAGGCACUGCCCGUGCGGGACUCUUUCUACCGGCUGGAGAAGCGGCCAGGCCGGAGUGAGCCCAGUGCCUUGCUCAGGGGCCAUGGCAGCAGGAAGGAGAGCUCAGCGGUGCUGAGCCGGAUCCAGAAAAUUGAACAGGCCUUAAAGGAGCAGCCUGGCCGGGGGCUCCCCCAGCUGCCCAGCAGCUGCUAUAGUGUAGACCAUGGGAGAAGGAAGACUGGAACCUUGGGCACCUUGGAGGAGCCAACGGGGAGCACGGGUGUGAGCUGUGGCAGCCAGGCAGUAGGAGUGGCUGGAGUUGGCGGGGAGGCAGGUCCACCCCUGGACAGGGAAGGCAGUGGCUCCACAAAGCCAGGGACCCCUGGAAAUAGCCCAAGCUCCCAGCGGCUGUCGUCAAAGAGCUCCCCAGAUCCCGCUGUGAACCCUGUCCCCAAACCCAAGCGCACCUUUGAAUAUGAGGCUGAUAAGAACCCUAAGAGUAAGCCAAGCAAUGGUCUACCUCCUUCACCCACACCUGCUGCUCCACCCCCCUUGCCCUCCACCCCAGCCCCCCCAGUCACCCGGAGACCCAAGAAGGACACACGCGCUCACCGCAAGUCACAGAACAGAAAAUCCUUUGAGUUCGAGGAUGCAUCCAGUGUCCAGUCCCUGUAUCCCUCUUCUCCCACUGAGAAUGGUACUGAGAGCCAACCCAAGUUUGGAUCCAAAAGCACUUUAGAAGAGAAUGCCUAUGAAGAUAUUGUGGGAGAGCUACCCAAGGAGAAUCCGUAUGAGGAUGUGGACUUAAAGAAUCGAAGAGCUGGACGAAAAUCCCAGCAACUGUCUGAGAACUCCCUGGACUCUUUGCACAGGAUGUGGAGUCCCCAAGACAGGAAGUACAACAACCCACCCGUGCAGCUGUCCCUGAAGCCCAGCAGUCAGUCCCUGCGUAGUGGGAACUGGUCCGAGAGAAAGAGCCAUCGGCUGCCACGAUUACCCAAGAGGCAUAGCCAUGACGACAUGCUGCUGCUGGCUCAGCUGAGCCUGCCGUCUUCACCCUCCAGCCUCAAUGAGGACAGCCUCAGCACCACGAGCGAGCUGCUGUCCAGCCGCAGGGCCCGCCGCAUUCCCAAGCUUGUCCAAAGAAUUAACUCCAUAUACAAUGCCAAGAGAGGAAAGAAGAGGUUAAAAAAGCUGUCUAUGUCCAGCCUGGAGACGGCGUCAUUGCGAGAUGAGAACAGCGAGAGUGAGAGUGACUCGGACGACAGGUUCAAAGCUCACACGCAGCGCCUGGUCCACAUCCAGUCAAUGCUGAAGCGCGCACCCAGCUACCGGACUCUGGAGCUGGAGCUGCUUGAAUGGCAGGAACGGGAGCUCUUCGAGUACUUCGUGGUUGUGUCCCUCAAGAAGAAGCCUUCGCGGAACACCUACCUCCCCGAAGUCUCUUACCAGUUUCCCAAGCUGGACCGACCCACCAAACAGAUGCGGGAGGCAGAGGAAAGACUCAAGGCUAUUCCUCAGUUUUGCUUUCCAGAUGCCAAGGACUGGCUUCCGGUGUCAGAGUACAGUAGCGAGACCUUUUCUUUCAUGCUGACUGGGGAAGAUGGCAGUAGACGCUUUGGCUACUGUAGGCGCUUACUGCCAAGCGGGAAAGGGCCUCGGUUGCCAGAGGUGUACUGUGUCAUCAGCCGCCUUGGAUGCUUCGGCCUGUUUUCCAAGGUCCUAGACGAGGUGGAGCGCCGGCGCGGGACCUCGGCUGCCCUGGUCUAUCCCUUCAUGAGGAGUCUCAUGGAGUCGCCCUUUCCAGCUCCAGGAAAGACCAUCAAAGUGAAGACAUUUCUGCCCGGUGCCGGCAAUGAGGUGCUGGAGCUGCGGCGGCCCAUGGACUCCCGCCUGGAGCACGUGGACUUUGAGUGCCUCUUCACCUGCCUCAGUGUGCGCCAGCUCAUCCGAAUCUUUGCCUCGCUGCUGCUGGAGCGCAGGGUCAUUUUUGUGGCAGAUAAGCUCAGCACCCUGUCCAGCUGCGCCCAUGCGGUGGUAGCCUUGCUCUACCCCUUCUCCUGGCAGCACACCUUCAUCCCCGUCCUCCCAGCCUCCAUGAUUGACAUCGUCUGCUGCCCCACCCCCUUCCUGGUUGGCUUGCUCUCCAGCUCCCUCCCCAAGCUGAAGGAGCUCCCUGUGGAGGAGGCACUGAUGGUGAAUCUGGGAUCAGACCGAUUCAUCCGACAGAUGGAUGAUGAGGACACGUUGUUACCAAGGAAGCUACAAGCGGCUCUGGAGCAGGCUCUGGAGAGGAAGAAUGAACUGAUCUCCCAGGAUUCGGACAGUGACUCAGAUGACGAAUGUAAUACCCUCAAUGGACUGGUGUCGGAGGUGUUUAUCCGGUUCUUUGUGGAGACUGUGGGACACUACUCCCUCUUUCUGACCCAGAGUGACAAGGGGGAGAGGGCUUUUCAACGAGAGGCCUUCCGCAAGUCUGUGGCUUCUAAAAGCAUCCGCCGUUUUCUUGAGGUUUUUAUGGAGUCUCAGAUGUUUGCUGGCUUCAUCCAAGACAGGGAGCUAAGAAAAUGUCGGGCAAAGGGCCUCUUUGAGCAGCGAGUGGAGCAGUAUCUGGAGGAGCUUCCUGACACUGAGCAGAGUGGAAUGAAUAAAUUCCUCCGUGGUUUGGGCAACAAAAUGAAGUUCCUCCACAAGAAGAAUUAAACACUUCUCCCAGUAGCAAGAGCGCCGUGCCUUACAGAGCCUGGAGCCUGGGGAGAAGGCCCAGCCUGGGCCUCUGGGCUGCUGUGGCCACUCUGCUCCCACAGACCCCACCUCCAAGCCAGCCCACCUCCGCCUUCACCGCAUCCCAGGAUACUGUUUGUAAAUAAUCUGCUGUAAGCUUUCUUGACUGCUUUGUAACAAGCAAAGGGAAGCUGGUAAAUAUUUGUAUAUUCACAAGGGCCAGGUGCUGUCCUGCCUUGCCCGAGCAUGGAUGGAGUCUGGCUGGGUGCUGGUGACUGGCCGUUUAUGUGCAGCUGACUGUCUCAGCCGAACCACUGACCUUUCUGGAGGCUUCUGGCCUGCCUGCCUAAGGCCCCUGCUGCUGGUCUUGGGCCCUGGAGAGCAGAUGCUGUCUUGUGAUGUACAAGAGGACUAUUUUUUUAAGAGUUUCUAUUUUUUUUUCUAGUAGCCCCCUCUCUUCUAGCCUCUGUUUUUGAAAGGCAAAGGCCACUUUGUCCACAUUUUCAAUGUGGAACCAGGCUCUUGGGCCUGGUUCUCUUGUUCUGUCACCCUCCGAGAUGGUCAGCGAUCACGGGAAGCCCACCCCCAGCUCGGCCUGCGCUCCUGGGCCCACGCUCCCAGCCAGCGGCGGCCAUGAUGCGGUACAGGGCAUCCCCCCCCCCACCGUCUACAGGUGUUCUCAAUAAACAGUGUGCAGUCAUUUGAGCCCAAGA